GGCAGCUCUGGCAUUCAAGCUAAAAUGUCACACAUCUGCACCUGUCGCUCCCACAGUGCGUUCCCAAAGGACUUCCCAGCUGAGAUAUAUAGCCAACUGUUGUUUUCUCUUCGUAGAACUGUAUGCUGAAGCUAUUUCUCUGUCAGUCGUGUGUUGAAAUGCUACAAGAGUUUAACGAGGUUCUGUGGGCGUAGAGCUGUGUCUCCUGUGAGGUCAUUGUUUAAGCUUAAACAUGAAGUUGAACAGGCAGUUUAGGUCUGUGGCUUGAUUCUGCAGCGGGGUGGUGUCCAUACGGCUCCUGACCACACUGCUAUGAGAAGCCAGACUCGUCUCCUCAGCCAUUUGCGCUUCUCUGAGUGACUGAGAGAUGUCCGUGAAGGAGGUAGAAGAGGAACGAAAGUCAGACCCAAAGAGGAGAUGCGCGAGACUGUUCUGGCGAUUGUUUUCUCAUGUUUUCCUCAUUUUGUCACUCAUUUUAUACGCGGUUUUAGGAGCGCAGAUCUUUCAAAAAAUUGAGGGCAAGAAUACUCACAAUAAUGAGUCGGAGCGGGAGAUCCGUGCGGUGGCGCGAAAUGUGAUGGAAACUGUACAGAAUCACAGAGAUGCCUCAUCACAGGAAGCAUUAUUAAUUCAAAUAGAAAACAUUUUGACUGACUUCCGGAAUGAAACGGAGAAGUAUCAGAACUGGAGCUUCUACAGUUCGCUUUUCUUCUCCUGCACAGUGUUCACUACUAUAGGUUAUGGACGAAUGUAUCCAGUGACUGAUGAAGGCAAGGUGGCUUGUAUCGUGUAUGCGAUGGUGGGCAUCCCUCUCAUGCUGCUAGUCAUCUCAGAUGUGGGCGAUGUCUUAGCUGUUCUUCUCUCUAAAGCAUACACUCACCUCAGCCUUUUCUUCAGGCAAUGGAUCUUACAUCGCUCAUGCAUACACAGGCUUGAAAAGGCAUCGCCUCCAAAACAAUUUCAAGGUGCUGAUACCAAUGACACCUAUAUGUUCACCCAGGAUGUUGUGGUGAACAAGACAAAGAACAUUCAACAGGUGAUAAAAACCCAGUCGUCCCUCAGACACACUUCCGUAAAGAUUAGUAACAACAAAGAGAUCUUUGACCGCAUGAUCAUUAAGGAGAACUUCAAGCUCAAAGGCUCUCUGACAAAAUCCUGCUCAUGCCCAGAUCUCGACCGUAUACCACGUCCCAAAACCAAGUCCAAGUUAUUCGUUGGCAUCGGACAGGAGAUGGACCACUUUAAAGUCCCUCUGCUGGUUAUCCUGCUGGUGGUAUUUGCAUAUAUGGUGUUCUGCAGUCAAAUUCUGAAAUUCUGGGAGAAGCAGAUGGGCCAUUUCGAUGCCUUUUAUUUCACCUUCAUCACCUUGACCACCAUUGGCUUUGGUGACAUUGUGCCUGAACAUCCAAAGUACUUCAUGCUAACUUUUUUGUUUAUUAUCAUGGGCAUGGCCAUUAUGAGUAUGGCCUUCAAACUUGGCCAAUCGCGAAUUGUUAGCUUUUACAGGCGGUGCAUAAAGUGUGUUAGCAUGGGCAAGGUAGGAAUAGAUGAAGACCUAGUCCUAGACAGUAGCUGAAGGCAGAAAGAAGCAAGAUGCUUUUUUGUGGCUUUGCUAAUGGCUCAGGAAAAGCAUGAGCAUCCUCAGCACAAGAUGGAAAUGUGUUUUAAUAUUUAUAUACCACUGCCAGUUGAAGGGAAAUGAACCACAGUCCUGUUGCACUAAGCUAGUAUAAGAGAAAGAGACUGAGAAUGAAGUAUACACUCCUGUUAACUAUUUCAGCCAAAAACAAGGAAAUGCAAGAAAAAAUCGACAAAAAUAGCAUGGGAAGUUGUUUAUGUUUAAUUUGUCUAGAUAUGUAGCCUGUCAGAAAAAAGCACUAGCAAUGCAAGUCACUUAGCAAGUCCAUUUAUUCCUGACAUUUAUUCAUGUUCAUGCAAGAUGUAUUGUAUAUCCUACUGGGUGUUCAUAAUAUAUCCGAUAAGAAUAUAAUCAGUAUUUUUUUUAUUUUUCAUUCAGUGACAAGAGUGUAAUAUGAUAUGAACUUUCUGAUCAAUGCAUUACUUUUCUCUUAGUGGCAUUGCUGUUAUGAAAGUGUGUAUGUAAAAUAAAUGUAUUUACUAAUACAAACACUAGUAUGUAAAUGUAGCCUACACCUGUAAUAUCUUGGCUGUGAAAUGUUAUAUUAUCAACUGAUAAUGCACUUUGAAACCAAGUGAAUAAAUUAAUUAU